AUGGCGAUCCCACCAAAACUCUACCAAUUCCUCCUCGCCAUGAUUGCCAGCCUGGGCAAUCUGCUCCUCGGCUACGAUCUUGGUGUCAUUGCCGCCGUCGUCGCCGCGCCGAGUUUCAACACGCACUUCAAUCAGCCGGACUCGGCUGAGAUAGGUGCUGUCGUCAGCACAUUUACCGCCGGAGCCUUCGUCGGAGCGUUUAUUGGCGGUCUCUCUGCGGAUAGAUUGGGACGACGCAUAACGCUGAUGAUGGGGUCGGCACUCUUCUGCCUUGGUGGUGCGUUGCAGACGGCGGGUAUUCACCUUAGUUAUGUGAUCUCUGGCCGUCUCAUUGCAGGAAUCGGGGUCGGCUUGCUCAUCAUGGCUGUCGGGCUAUAUCAAGCCGAACUGGCUCAUCCGGAUAUUCGAGGAACGAUCGUGGCUCUGCAGCAGUUUAUGCUUGGAAUUGGCGCUCUGCUCGCAGCAGCCAUCAGCUACGGCACUUUUGUUGGAGUUGCUGACAACGACAACGCCCAGUGGCGUAUCAGCUUGGGUAUCCAAAUUGCGCCAGCCGCGAUAAUGGGGUGUGUCAUUGGCUUCUUUCCUGAGUCCCCUCGCUGGCUUAUCGAUCAUGGGCAGGAGGCAAAAGGCCUCAACGUCCUUGCUCAACUCCAUGCAAACGGAAACGAGUCAGACCCUUGGGUUCUCGCCGAGUUUGAACAGAUCAAGCAUAGUCUUGGAGCAGAGCAUGAAGUGCAAGCAAAGUCCUAUCUAGAUUUAUUCCGCUCCAUGUCCUCCUUUCGCCGCCUCCUCAUCGCCGUCGCCCUGCAAGCCUCGGGCCAAAUGACCGGCGUUUCGGCGAUCCAGUACUACUCGGUGACAAUCUACGGCCAGAUCGGCAUCUCGCCCGCCGACGCACUCAAGUACCAAAUCAUCAACAACGUCAUCGCGCUCCUCGGCGAGCUAACGUGUAUCCUCCUCAUCGACAAACUGGGCCGCCGCUGGCCGCUCAUCGGAGGCAACCUCGCCAACGCCAUGACAUUCAUCGUCGCCACGGCGCUGCUCGCCAAGUUCCCGCCGACCUCCAACUCGACCGGCGCGCACUGGGGGUUCAUCAUCAUGACCUGGCUCUUCAACUAUAGUUUCUCGUCGACCGUCGGCCCGCUCUCGUGGAUCAUCCCUGCGGAGAUCUUCGACACGCCCACGCGCUCGAAAGGCGUGAGUCUCGCGACGAUGACGACAUUCGCCUUCAAUACCCUCAUUGGACAGAUCACGCCGCUGGCGAUGGAGGCCGUUGGUUGGAGAUUCUACAUCACCUUCAUCGUGUGUAAUGUGACCAACGCGCUGUUCUUCUGGGCUUUCCUCCCCGAGACGAAGAAGGUGCCGCUCGAGGAGAUGAAGGAGCUGUUCACCGUGACUCCGAUUUUUGUUCCUGGAAGCUCGUCGAAGUGGGGACGUAAUGAGCUGCGGAAUCUUGCGGAGAGCAUCGAGGGGGGGAACCUUAAGGUGCAGGCGGCCGCGCUGCAUGUGGAGCGAACGGCAUCGGGCCACGACGGUGCUGUCUGA